AUGGACCUGAGCGCGGCCGCCGCGCUGUGUCUCUGGCUGCUGAGCGCUUGCCGUCCCCGCGACGGGCUGGAAGCUGCCGCGGUGCUCCGAGCGGCGGGGGCAGGACCAGCCUGGAGCCCCGGGGGCGGCGGCGGCGGCGAGCGGACCCUCGCCCCAGCUCCGGGCCCCUCGGCGCUUCAGGCCGACGCGGUUCCCGGGCCCCGCGCCGCGCGCCGCGCUGCGGGCUCUGGUUUCAGGAACGGCUCGGUGGUGCCGCACCGCUUCAUGGUGUCGCUGUACCGGAGCCUGGCUGGGCGGGCUCCCGCCGCGGCAGCCCCGGGGCACGGCCGCGCCGACACCAUCACCGGCUUCACAGAUCAGGCGACUCAAGACGAAUCGGCGGCGGCCGAGCCGGCCCAGAGCUUCCUCUUCGACGUCUCCAGCCUCCCCGACGUGGACGAGGUGGUGAACGCCGAGCUGCGCGUGCUGCGCUGGGGGUCCCCAGAGCCAGACGGGGCCAGCGCAGGCCUCCUCCCCCCGCGGCUGCUGCUGUCCACCUGCCCGGACGCGGCGGGCGCGGCCCACCUGCUGCAGUCGCGGGCCGCCGAGCCCCUGGAAGGGGCGCGCUGGGAGGCCUUCGACGUGACGGACGCGGUGCGGAGCCACCGCCGCGGGCCACGCGCCUCGCGCAGGGUCUGCCUGGCGCUGCGCGCGGUGGCCGGCCCCGGGGGCAGCCCGCUGGCCCUGCGACGGCUGGGCUUCGGCUGGCCGGGGGGAGGCGGCGGGGCGGCCGCGGAGGAGCGCGCGCUGCUGCUCGUCUCCUCCCGCACGCUGAGGAAGGAGAGCCUGUUCCGGGAGAUCCGGGCCCGGACGGCCGCCGCCGCCGAGCCGCCCCCCGAUCCGGGCCCGGGAACGGGCUCUCGGAGAGCAAGGCCCGGAGGACGCCGGCGGCGGCGGACCGCGCUGGCGGGGACGCGGGGAGCGCAGGGCGGCGGCGGGGGCGGCGCGGGCGCGGGCGCGGGCAGGGGCCACGGGCGCCGAGGCCGGAGCCGCUGCAGCCGCAAGCCCCUGCACGUGGACUUCAAGGAGCUGGGCUGGGACGACUGGAUCAUCGCGCCCCUAGACUACGAGGCCUACCACUGCGAGGGCGUGUGCGACUUCCCGCUGCGCUCGCACCUGGAGCCCACGAACCACGCCAUCAUCCAGACGCUGCUCAACUCCAUGGCGCCCGACGCGGCGCCGGCCUCCUGCUGCGUGCCCGCGCGCCUCAGCCCCAUCAGCAUCCUCUACAUCGACGCCGCCAACAACGUCGUCUACAAGCAGUACGAGGACAUGGUGGUGGAGGCCUGCGGCUGCAGGUAG